AUGUAUAAAAGAGUAUUACCAAUAGCUCUUAAGUAUGGUAAUAAGGUGUCUGGCAACGACUGGGUCUUUCAGCAAGACGGUGCGAAACCCCACACUCACGAAAAAAACUCAAGAUUGGUGUGCCGAAAACCUUCCUUCGCUUAUCGACAAGGAUCAUUGGCCUCGAAAUGGUCCCGACUUAAAUCCGUUGGACUAUUGUAUUUGGAAGGAAUUUGCUCAAUCGAUGAAUUGGGACAAGAUCAAUUACUUCGACCAUUGUUUGAUAAACACGUUCGUUUAACAACACUUAUCGAUGGUGUCAAUCUCAUUCAUCGUCCCGAUGUAUAUGCUGCAAAUGGCUAUUUGAAACCAGCUACUUACUUGUGCACACUUGAUAUCACAUAUUUAUACAUGAUGCUUCCUCAAGAAGAAUCUCUUAACAUACUUACUGAAUUUCGGUUACUACACGGUUAUCAACAAGUGAAGAAUAUUCCACUUGAUGCCAUUCGGAAAUUAGCUCGUCUGGUUUUGACAGAAAAUGUGUUUACCUAUGAUAAGAAAUUAUAUCGGCAAGUAUUCGGUGGUGCAAUGGGAUCAGCAUUUACUCUAAGUUUGGCCAAUAUCUUUAUGUGGAAAUGGAAAAAGCAACUUAAAAUGAAAUCUAUGGCGGAUAUAUUUAUACUUUCAUUUAGAUGCUAUAAUUGCCACUCAUCUAUCUAA